AUGGCAAACGAGCAUCGUCCACCGGUUAACCUCUCGUGGAGUCUCGAUACGACCACCUCCAAAACGAUCACUCUUGCCACUGGAAUCAUCAGAGCGGCCACAAGCGACAAUGUGCAGGCGUUGGCUCUGAGUGCUGCCGAACUAUAUGGCGCAACAUUGGCCAUGUGUCCAUCUGUCUGUAUGACAGUGGAAAAGCUGGGGAAAGCACGACAUACCUCUCAUGUGAUCGAGCAUCUGGCCGCCGUUAUUGGGUGGUCGGCAGGCGACAGCGCUGAUUAUCUCGCAUCGACAGAUGCUGGUUGUCGAUUCCUCGGCCUCGUUCCACCGCUCCUGACGAUGGGGGGCCCGUUCAAAGCGGCCCAGGCACUCCACGGCGCUAUGAGAAUGACAGCACCGGAGUCGCAGUUGCUUCCUACCAUACGCCAACUCCGUGAUCUCCUCAGCAAGUUGGAGCCGAAGUUGAUGAGAGCAGGUUUCGCCGACAACUACCUCCUAGGCUGGCACAUUUGGCUUACGUCCGAUGUUUCUGGGCUGAGGUCACACUUCGCAGCGAUGCCUGAACGCCAACUGUAUACGAACGCCAUCCGCGAGCUACAGCUCGGGGCCGACGAGGAGCUUGUGCGAUCAGCAUAUCCGCCCGGCUCUGUCAUCAGUGACUUGAUCCGUGCAUUGGCAGAGCUCGAGAGGAUCGGCGAAACGACUUUUUUGAUCGUUCGGACUCCCGCAUGUAUUGCUACAUGGAUCAUCGCCUUCGUUGACUGGUGCCUUGGUGUCAAGCCGACAGUGCAAGGCCUUGCACACGCCGAAGAACAGACCAAGGAGAUAGUCCAUGUGCAUCAUCGCGAGAGCAAAGUGCUGGUUGAAGUGUAUCCAACAUCAGCCGACCUGCGCGCACCUAGCAUUUUGACCUUCAGAAAACUGGGAAACCUGGGGAAAUUGCUGCAAGAGAAUAGGAGCUCAUUGGGAUCACUGGAGCCAUGGACAGGGAUGGUCAAGGCAUCGGCGUACUUUCAAAAACGCCUCCAUGAUCUGCAAACCUACCAUGGACUGUACAACGUCCGAGACACCUUGGCGAUGCUUAGUCGAGACCUCCCCGAUCGGAUACGCGCCGAUGGAUUACGUGCGAUUGAAGGAGACUUCAUCGUUGCCUGCCCGGCAAGAGUCUUUCCAGAAUCUAGCAAGAUCCUCCGGCUACUGGAGAGACUGCUUCCAGACAGUAGUAAUGGUCCAAAAUACCAGCAGCGCAUCCCAAGCUCUCAAGAUGUCCAGACCAUCUGGACAGGUCGCAAUUACAACGAAGUCCGAAAAGUGGCCGUACUUUUCGAAGAGCUUCUUCUUGCCUCAUUAUUCGAAAAUUUGCACACCGACGAUUGCAUGGAGGUCUACUUUGUGGAGACUUUGAGAAGUGGGGGGAGAGAGAGUAUGUUCCGUUUGGAACGCGACAUCAUCAGCCAUUUGCAAGGUCGGCUUGGAUUGACAAAUCCGCUCGUAUCUAAUUUGGCAUCGAUCGAAACUUCGGUGCGGAGUCUGACAGGAGUUUCCUACGUCUACGAUCCUGGCAGACUUAUUGUGUCCAGCAAAGGACAAGUCUCGUAUUCCUCGUUCGUAGAGGACAUGGAACUGGAUGGCCGUCCCAUGUGUGCCCGACGCGUGUAUCCCGGUCUUCUUCGCUUCGAAGGUCAGACGUACGACUACGCUGAAUGCGAAGCCAAUACGAGAUUUCUUGACGCGCUCGACGAUGGGAAGGUUUCCAACCAAGACUUUUCAACCUGCGCUUUUAGCGCACCAAAAGACAUGUUCGAGGAGUCUGACAGUACCUGGCUGGGAACAACCCACGAAGACUACAUGAGCUUCUACUAUGUGCCCAGUCUAAAGGGAAAUUACUCCCUGAACCCAUUGCUUUUUUUCGAAGCAGCGCACACGAUGUUUUUUAUGAACGGUUGCAACACGCCUCAAUGCGCGCCCGAGCCGCGAUCGACGGAUAUGUUAUACUGCCGGACAAUAGCCGCCGCCAUUUCUCUCACGAAACCGCAUGUCAUACGUGUCCUUUCUACGUGGGGAAGACGAGCUUACAGCUUGUUCGUGAAAGCCGCCUUGCGACACGCAUCCGGUGGCCGUGGAGCUCUAGACGUACGGCAACCAGUGUUCAAGUCAAAGUAUACGGUGAUUGAUCGAGGCCGGAGUUGCCUGGCCUGUACAUGUGCAAAGGGUCUUGAAAUAAUGCAGUCCAGUCCAAGCUCGUGGGAAAACGGGUACGUGAUCAUUCUGGAUUGA